AUGAAUUACCAAACAAAAUAUAAAUUUCUAAUUUUGCAAGCGCUAUUUAUUGCGCUAGUUGCAGGCAGAAAACAUCAUUUAGAAGUGCGACACGACGUUCGACCUUAUAUUGCCUUAAGUACAUUUGGCUUUUACGUUGGUGGACAUCUAGAUGUGGAGUUAAGUAAAUUAAAUAUAGAAAAUGAGGACAGUAGUGAUUUGUAUGGUUUAACGUUGGACAAAACAACUAUAGAUCAAUUAAAUCCAUACUUAGACUCACACCAAAACAAAUGUAUACUAGAGGAGCCCGCAGAAAUGCAGCGCAGUGGUCCAAUCUUAAUUUUCUUGUUCGACUUGAAGAAUCUAAACAUUAAAGUAAAAUGCUCACCCGAAUGGAAGAAUCAACACAUUGUUCACAAUCAUGAAGAUUUGCCCAUGUAUCGCGGCAAACGUCACUCAAAAUUAAGCGACUCCACAUUAUUUCUACAUCGACGCAAACGAAGUGAAGUUGCUGCUGAUGGUCCACCCGCAGCUCCACAAGGCGAAGAAGAUGAAAUACCCUUAGAGGAACGUGAAGCUAUUGACGAGGAUGACUCAGUUGAAGUACCACAAAUAAUUGUAAAAUCAUCCUCACCCUUACCACCAGUUAACGCACCCGCAUCAGCCAAAUCGGUUAUACCUGUAGUGCCUGCAAAGCUCGCAGCAGCUCCUACGCAGGCAGCGGCAGCUUCGGAAAUGAAGGAAUCAGCAAAUGUUGCGCCAGCUGAAAACCCAUUGCCACAUGAGGCCGAGAAAGUGGCACCAACGCUUACGCAAAUUAAUUUCUAUGAUAAUAUGCAAUAUGAGCUUUGCAGAAACUACACAAUGCCGUUGACAAAGAAGAUAAUAGACGGCAAAGUUUAUUAUAAUAUGUCUUUCUCAAUGCUUGUGGCGACAUUACAUGACGAGGGUCUCUAUAAUCUACAUUUCCACGCCUGUCCCAAUUACGAUUACAAAACGCCCAAACAGAUUUCUUUUAUUGUCGAUAUAAAAGAGAAAAAUGAUGAUAAUUUCCUUUCCGCCGGUGAAAUGCCUCUACCCGCGCUGUAUUCAAUGAUGAGCGUACUUUUCUGCCUAUCCGGUCUCUUUUGGGUGUUCAUACUGAGGAAGAGCAAGCACGUUGUCCAUAAGCUACACUACAUUAUGGCGGUAUUGGUAUUCCUAAAAUCGCUCUCACUUAUGUUUCACUCAAUUAAUUACCAUUUUAUUGAAAUACGUGGUGAACAUGUGGAAGCUUGGGCUAUUUUGUAUUACAUUACGCAUUUGCUCAAAGGCUCUGUAUUGUUCAUCACCAUAGUACUCAUGGGCACAGGCUGGACAUUUAUUAAGCCCAUACUUUCGGAUAAGGAUAAGAAAAUCUUUAUGAUUGUUAUACCACUACAGGUGCUCGCUAACGUCGCUGAAAUCAUUAUCGACGAAUCGGAAGAGAGUGAUAUUGAGUUCCGCACUUGGCGUAAUAUCUUCAUUUUCGUCGAUCUUCUCUGCUGCGGUGCCAUACUCUUCCCAAUUGUCUGGUCAAUACGGCAUUUGCAUGAGGCAUCAGCCACCGAUGGCAAAGCAGCGAUUAAUUUACGUAAACUCAAACUAUUCCGGCAAUUCUAUAUAAUGAUUGUUUGCUAUAUUUAUUUCACACGCAUAAUUGUGUAUUUGCUCAAGAUGACAGUUGCAUUCCAAUAUGCUUGGCUGGAUGAGAUGUUCCAUGAAAUGGCCACAUAUGUUUUCUUCGUAUUAACGGCAUAUAAAUUCCGACCAACUUCAUCACAUCCCUACUUCUCGGUGCGUGAUGACGAUGAUGAUGAAGUGGAAGUGCUGAUAGCAUCUGGUCUAACUGAGGGUUUACAUCGCACGAAAGUGUUCAAUCGUAAUGCAUUACCACCAGCUGGAUCUACUUUACUUAAGACCACCGCUGAAGAGCGUGAAAACUUAAUAACGAAACGUGAAUCUAGUCAUGAAUAUGAUUAGAGGUUAGAUUGAGCAUAUGUAUGUAUGUAUUGGCGAAGUAAAAAAAAAAAAAAUACGACUGGAGGUAUGAAGUGUGGUGAAAAAGCGUAUUUUGUUGAAUCAAUAUCUUUGCACUAAAUGUACAUAUGUAUGUAUGUAUGUUGUCUGUGUGGAAUGUCUUAAGCAAAUUUUUUUUUAUUAAUAUAUUUUUUUUGAUUGUUUGCUAUAAAUAAGAAACACAGGCAACUUAGACAUGCAUUGGCAGUUUGUGUAAACUAUGCACUGCCUUAAAUAUACAUAUGUAUAUAAUAAUUAUAAAUAUUAUUUUAGAGAAUUUUUAUAAAUGAUUUAUGAAGAAUGCAAUUAUGUAAUAAACGUUAUAUUUUACAAAA